ACGGAGCCGCAGUCGGCGCGCCCCGCGCGUGCCUUCGUGCCUUCGCCGACCCACGCGCACUCCUCGCCUCGGUUCGCUUGCUUGUCGCUUCACUUAGUCGGUUCUAAGCGCUCGCAGAGUAUGCGCAUUUGCGCCGCGCGACGUAUCGUGCUUACGAGAUCGCAAAUAUAGUGUGCAGUGCAGUGCUUAUGCGUAUUCGUGACGCCAGUUUAUUGUGUUAUAGCAAUUGCCAUUGGAUUUGUUUAUUGAUGAGCGAGUAACAGUUGUCUCGAGAUGCGACAUGCGCGCUCUGUGUUCGGUUCGCGGGCCGCUCGGGGAGGGCGGAGAGCGCGCGCUCGCGGCCGGCGCGCGCCUGCUGGCCCUGCGCACGCCCGCACACCCGCAGCCGCUGCACUUCGUCGUCGAGGCCAAAGCAAGAGUCAAACAACUCAAAACGCUGGCCGAUUCUCAUGCACAGCUACAGGGCAUGACCGACACCGAACUCUUUGGAUUAGCAAUCAUGCAAAAUGGCGAGUAUCUGUUUGUUGAUGUGGAAAGCAAACUAUCAAAAUAUGCACCAAAGAGUUGGAGAUCAUCUCAUACACAUGGCUUGGAUGCAAAUGGAAAACCAUUGCUUGAGCUCCACCUAGUCGUACAGUUUCACGUAGAAAGUCCACUUUUGUUGCCCGAUGAAGGCGGCCGACAUUUAUAUUUUUUACAAUUGCUACACAAUUUACGAACAAGAGAUGGAUUGCCAGCCGAGGUUGUGCUGUUACUUAUUGGGCUAGCUCUACAAGCGAAAUAUGGAGAUGCUGAAGCAUAUGAUGACCGGGAUUAUUUCAAAUUGGAAGACUAUGCACCUUCUUCGCUUAAUGGGGAUUGGGUAAAUGCAGCUGUACGUGGUUGUCAUCAAGAACACAAAGGUUUGUCUAAAGCAGACGCAGAGACCAGAUUUAUACGCGAAAUAUGCCUACUUUCAGAUACAAUAAACUCUCACAGGUAUCGUUUAAAACAAACGAAAACAGAAUCAGAACCAGGGACAGUCUGGCUUUUAGUUACUGCGAAAGGAAUAAAAAUAUUACCUGAUAGUGGACCAGUAUCGAAUUUCAUUUGGAGCUCAAUAGGAAAAUUAAGUUUCGAUAGAAAGAAAUUUGAAAUUCGCACUGAACUAGGAAAAAUUACACUGUAUUCUUCAAGCGAAGAAAAAUGUAAAUAUUUGUUUGCACUAUGCAAAGAGACUCACCAAUUCUCGAUGAAGAUUUCUUCAAAACUCAAUGAGAUUUUGAGGCGCGAAGAAGAAGAACGUAAAAUUUGUUACGGAUAUUCCAAAACGCUCAAUUUCCAGUUUUGUCAGAACAAAAGUGAACAAAGGAUAUCUUUAAUAUCUUCGACUAGCUCAAACACAACAUCGGGAAUUGUCAGCGACAGAGUCCAAUCGGAGGACGAGUUAGAAAUUAUGAUCGACUCGCCCCCAGCACCUUCAACGGAGAGUUUAGCGUUUGCUCACUUAUUAGACUGCUCAAAUUCAUACCUUAUACGACACAUGCCGCAAGAUAAUCAACCUUUAAAGAAAACAUCAUCUUUACAAUUACAGAAGGCUAAAAUGCGCGUGAAAAAAAAAGACGAAGGGGAGAGUUCUUUUAACAAUGAAGUUACGGUAGAAAGACCAAACUCCACUUGCCAAGAUGAAAAUAAUUCAUUGAAUGAUCAAAGCCCCAAUGAAACUUUAUUAGACAGCCCUGUUUCUGGAAAGAUUAAAUGUCCCGGGUCCCAAUGUUCGUCCUCUUGCAGCACGGUUAUUAUGAAUCGAGCGGGUCUUAGCACCCUAAGCAGAGCAUCCAAUGGAAGCAGCUUGGAACUAAGUUUUAAUCAUACAGCUCAGAAUUCAAUGAUUAGUGACAACAGUACAGAAGGAAUUGACGUAGAGUACAGUCAAGAUACAGCGUCAGCUCUAUAUGACGGUUUAGGCCAACCUGCAACAAUUGCUGCCUCUAGUGAAACCAGUGGGGUUUACACUAUGGGUAGCUCCGAACUCACAACAAGAUCGAAAACGUACACAAUGUCUGAAGACUGUAGAACUGAAUACGGAAGUUCACAUUACGACAGUUAUAAGACACCGAAAGAAAAUGAUCUUGCUGAUUUCGAUAGUGUUUCUUCCAUCUUAAAAAAUAAAUCUGAGAGAAACAUGAUGACGUCUAGUACUCUGCGCCUUCAAGCUUCGUUAUCAAAUGCUGAUUGUGUCGACGGUGUCAACGCGUUUUGCAAUCAAGACCAUGUUGACAAAGACAGUCUUUAUCGAGAACGUGCAAAUUCUAAUGUUAGUGCCAUUUCUUUUCAUGGUGAUGGUAGUGACCCGACGGAUAAUAAACGUAAUUUACUAAGUGCAAGUGAGUUAAGCGAUCUGAUAGUAGGGCGAGGUGUGUACCCAAAAAAUCAAUCCGUAAGUGACACAUUUGAUUCGGUGUCGGACUAUGUUAGAUUGCCCUUACCGUUUUCUGGUGAUAGUUACCUUCAAGGACACGAAGAUACAGCUCCCUCAGAUGACAACUACCUUAAUAAUGCAUUUUUCGAUAGACCUCCAACGCCACCGACGAGAAUCGAUAGCCGUAAGUCUCAUAAUCUGUCCCUACCAAAUAUUUUAGAAAUCGAUGGAAGCUUGCCAGUCCCACCAACUUUUCCGGAAAAACCGCCGCCACCUUAUGAAUAUAAUCACAAAACCCUUUCGUCUCUCAAUACAGACACUAAGCCUCCACCAGCUUAUCCUGGAACAACUGGUGUAACUAGAAAACAAAAAAGCGACAAAGAAGAAGUGGCAGCUAGAGUUGUGACUUCUAAACCGAUGAUAACAAUUCUAAAAGCGGAGGCAGGUGAAGUGAAUACUUCUAGCGAACGGACAUUUGCUAGCCCUAUGGUCUUAGAACACAGAUUUCAGAAAUCGAAAAGACAUCAAGCUUCUAGUCGUAGAGCAGAAAGGUCGAAGUUAGCACAAGGAAUAACCAAUAGUCUGUCACCAUCGCGGGAAAUACCACUGCACGGAGUAGAUUCAAACGUGUUUGUAGCAAUGAUGAAACUCCCCCCGCCCCCGCCGCCGCCCAGACACUCUCGCCUACCUCCGCCGCCGCCCGCUGCACGCUUGCCGCCACCACCUCCGCCGCUAAAUCCAGUCUUUCAUCAACAACUGUACAGUGACGUAGAUUACGUUUACUACCCACUUCAGGAUCCUGCAGUAUCCCAACAAAACUACCUUGAUCAUAAAUUUACAGAAUCCCGAUUAUCAAAUAUCCAUAAAAGUAACAUUCAGUAUCGUAGUACACCAUAUCUAUCGACUUCUCUAUCUGCCUCGUCCACCUAUGGAUCGAUACAAAAUCUAUCCGAUUCAUACAUCCAAACACCGGGUGUGCGGACUAGUUGGUACUCGAUGACCAGCAGGACGUCGCUCAGUUCCCAUUCUAUAAAUUUCGAGAGGCCGCCCUUACCGCCGACUAUUCCAGAUAUCGCUACUUUUUCCAGAACUAAAUCUCAAGAAAACAUUUUGAGUGUCAAGGAUCCACCACCCGUGAAACUGAGACGCAUGCCUCCACCGCCGCCUCCACCGUACGAAUACAAGAAGAAGUUGCCCACGCAACUGAGAGAAGCAAAAAUUCCGAAUUUUAAUGUUAAUGUUAAUAGCGAUGUUAAAGUCGUUAAAAGUAGAGAUUCUAAUUGUGAUUUAGAUAUAAAAACACUUAGGGAAAAAAGCAAGAACUUAGAUUUGCCGUUAAUAGCAGCGUUAUGCAACGAUCGUUCGUUGUUAAAGCAAACGAAAGCUUUUGGUGCUCCAAAGUUGGUUAAACAAACAGGUAGUGACUGUGAAAGUGAACUUAAAAGUGCCAAGCCCGUUCAACACACCACCGAUACCGUAGAUCUUAAGAAUAAACAAGAAAUAAACACUAGAAGACCCGUCCCCGUACCGGGAACUCAGAAGAAAAUUGUAAUGCGUAAUCCAACUGACAAACUUCCAGCAUUGCCCGGUGCUGAAACUCAUACACCUAGAGCAUUAUCUAAUACAUACGUAAUGCAUCCGAAUGUCGCCGUUAAAAGCAAAAAAAUUCAGCCUAAUAUGUGACAUUAAAUUCCAACUUAUUUCUUGUGAAUCCUUCCAGUGCUAUGAGCCUCAUAUACACAUCAUAACCUAAAAGACUGAGAUUAGUUAGAUAUUUACGCUGACUCGAAUUUUCGUUUUAAACAUUAACUAAUAUUUUAAAAUCAUUUGUUUAUUACGAAAUUCGAUUUAAUGAUGAUUAUAUCUUUCAUUAGUACAAGUUGUAUGAAUCAAAUGUAAAGAAAGAUAUUUUGAUGUGUAUGUAUAAUUAGGAACCAAAAUAUACACUUAUUUUUUUAUUACCAUGAAAGUAUUUUUACGUCACCCUAAAUAAACUCUAUUAUAAUAAACAUUAAGACAUUCCAAUAGCUCAAUAUAUUUUUGACCAAUCUCAAUACAUGCCAUAUUUCUAUUGAAAGUUUUCUAUUUUUGUAUAAUAUUUUAUUUGAAGACGUAUGUUUCGUUAUCGGAUUUACUAAUUCGUAAAAAUAUGUUUAAACGCAAGUAAAUAUGAACACAUAUAAAAUUUCUUGAAGAAAAUUUAAACUAGAGUCAAAACUUUAUUUUGCAGUUUCUGUUAAAAUGCAACUUUUGUAAAUGCUGGAAGCUUUGUUGAACUGUUUUACAAAUUAUUUAUUAAAAUUUGUUCAUUUUAAAUUCUCUAUUAAAUAGCGAAUUUUCGUUGUAAUAAUAAUAAUAGUAAUACUCAAUGAACAUACAUAGAUAUAUAAUCUAUAGAUCUGGAGCACACGUUAAAAGAAAAGAGAUUGCCUUUUAGUGCGGUAAUUUCCCUCAGUGUUGUCAAUUAUAAUACAAAAUUAAAUUUGGCAAAUCGACUUUCAAUUAGACGUCAAACUUGUAUAAAACACUCCAUCUGUAGGUUAUAUAUCAAUAGUUUUAUAUAAACCAGAGAUAUGAAGGUAUGAUGAACAUAUUAAUGUAAAAUCGGAUGUUUAGUCGUAAAAAUAAUAGUAAUGUAAUAAUUUUCAACUAUUUAUUGACUACAGUCAUGUAUAUAUACCACAACACUAUUAUAAUAAGUACAUUAUAUUUUCUACGUGUACAAAUGUAUAAUAAAAAUCUUUAGUAUAAAGCAUGA